CUGUCGCAUCUUUGUGACGACAGCUUCUGAUAUGAUGUUCUGCAACUUGAACUCUGCAAAUGAAUGAAUGUGAUGUUCUCGGUGACCUCAGAGCAGACGGAGAUUCGAGCAAGAUGGCUUGAGUGCUACGUCAUGAUCGUGGGUUAUAAUGACGAUGGGUGGUUGAGCUUGUUUAUUAACAGUCGCCGGAGCUCAAUCCAAACGAAUAUGCUUUGAUGGUUGAAGGAAAAAACAAAGCAAUAAUAACAAGAAGAGAAUUCGAGGAAGAUGAAGACAUGAGAUUUGAGUUGGAUUCCCCGCAAGUUAGCUUCACUUUCUGCUGACACAAGCUCCUAAUUUUCAAUUUUCACUUCUCUUUCCGCCAUAAUCGUUCUGAUAAUUACAAUGGCAGUUUCUUCAAUCCCUCAAUCCCGCGCCGAUCCAAGAAUCAACAUUGUUGCGGUUAUAUGCACAGACAAUGACGUAUUAGACGGGAAUAUGUACACGGGUUACUACAAUGCCGCCGUUGCCGCGAUGCAACACGAUAUGUAUCGCGACAAGUUCGCGUUCAAGAAUUUCGGGAAACCACCUGAGAAGAUAUAUGUGUUAUCGCAGUGUAUGGAGGAUCUUUCAAACCCCGAAUGCAUCUCUUGCUUUAACCGGGUCUCUGAUUUCUUGUCUGGCUGCUUCCCGUCCACCGGCGGUCGCGUUUAUCUUGAUGGCUGCUUCAUUCGCGCAGAUAAUUUCAGUUUCUGUGAUAACAUUGUCUCUCCCGACGACAUGAAGAGAUGUGGUGCCCAUAAUAAUACAGAACAAGGAUUCAAAGACCUAGUAAUCGAAGUAAUCACCCACUUGGUUGAUUGGACACCAAGAAAUGGAGGUUUUAGUCUGCAUCAUAAGACUUUUAAUGAUACCACAAUAUUUGGGAUGGGAAGUUGCUUGAAAACCUUGGAUCCCCAAUCAUGUUCUGCCUGCCUAACCGAUGGCGCGUUGUCUGCUAUGAGUUGCUUGCCAGCAACAGAGGGGCGUGCACUAAAUGCUGGCUGUGUUCUUCGUUACUCUGAUUACAAGUUCUAUAAUGAUGGUGGCAUACUUGCAGUAGAAGGCGCUAUAAUAUCAUACAUCUCAUAUAUUCUUGCCGCAGUUGCCGUCAGCCUAACUGCUGUUGUCAUUGGGUUCUGUGUGGGGAAAUUGACUUACCAGCAUAAGAUUCGCAAACAUAAAGGACAAAGGAUGGAGAAAUCAGCAAUGCAGAAAAGCUCACGUUUUAUGCAGUUCAAGUACUCAACACUUGAGAAUGCAACUGAUAACUUCAGUGAAGUUAACAAGCUUGGUAUUGGAGGAUACGGUGAAGUCUAUAAGGGAACAUUACCAGAUGGUAUAGAAAUCGAUAAACGUUUAUUCUUGUCUGGAACGAGUAGAUUUGAGGAGGUUUACAAUGAAAUGAAUGUGAUAGCCAAGCUCAACAUAAGAAUUGGUCGCUUCCUUGGUUGCUGCUUCCAUAUGAAUAGCUUCCUUGUUGAGUACCUGGGAAACAGAAUUCUUGAUCGCAUCUUAUUUGACCCAGAGAAGAAGAAAGAACUAUAUUGGGAAAAAAGACUUGGAAUUAUACUUGGAACAGCUCAAGGCUUAGAAUAUCUUCACCAAGACUGUGAAGUUCGGAUUGUUCAUCGAGACAUCAAAGCAAGUAACAUCUUGUUAGACUUGAAACACAGACCAAAAAUUGCAGACUUUGGCCUUGCAAGAUUUUCUUCGAGUCAGAAGUCUGUAGUCAGCACUGCCAUUGCUGGCACCCUAGGCUAUAUGGCUCCUGAAUACAUAGCAGAAGGGCGAUUAACAGACAAAAUAGAUGUUUAUAGCUUCGGGGUGCUUGUGCUUGAAAUAGUCAGUGGGUUGCAGAACAACAAAUUUCAAUCUGAGAAUUCCUUGGAAACUUUGGUUAUUCAUACAUGGAAGCAUUUCGGAUCAGAUACAGUAACAGAAAUCAUAGAUAAAAGCUUGGAGAUUGUGGAUGCCAUUGAUGAGGUAAAGAGAGUAAUUCAGGUAGGUCUAUUAUGCACACAAGAAGUACCAUACGUACGCCCUAGCAUGACUGAAGUAAUUCAGUUAAUUAAACAAACGGAUGUGAACUUGCCUGCACCAACAAGACCUCCUUUUACUGAAGAGGAAGAAUCUAUAGAUUUAUCUUCUUCCAGCUCUAAAAGACUUCAAACUAGUACUUUUGAUUCAUUAUCAAUACAACAUCAGGAUAAUUGA